AGAUCCUACACACAUUUCAUCAUGAAUCUAUACGCUGCAUCUCAUAUCAACCCCCAAGGCCCUGGAGAUGCUCGACCAACCGCGCUUCAGAUUGUCCAGGACGAAUCAUUGAUCGGUAAACUGGCUGGAAAAGUGAUCGUUCUCACAGGUUCAGCCUCCGGUAUUGGUCUCGAAACGGCGAGAGCGUUGUCUGCCACAAGUGCUACUUUAUUCCUCACUGCCCGUGACAUACAGAAAGCCAAAACUUCUCUCGACGGAAUCUUAGAGCCCGAUCGUGUUACACUUGUGGAGAUGGAUAGUACUUCCUUUGCUAGUAUCAGAACUGCUGCGGAGGUUAUCCUCGAGAAAUCGAAACAUCGGGUCAAUAUACUCAUCAACAACGCUGGUGUUAUGGGCAUUCAAGACCUUCAGUUAACUGAAGACGGGCACGAGAUUACCUUCGCCACCAAUCAUCUUAGUCAUUUCCUUCUAUUUCAACUUCUGAAACCUGCCUUACUCCUUAGCUCCAGUGGAGAUUUUCAUUCCCGCGUGGUGAAUGUUUCCUCCUCCAGCCACCGAAUAUGCGAUCUUCCUGACAGCGAUAACUAUGAUUUCCAAAAGGGAGGUUACAAUUUCGGAACUGCAUACGCCAAUUCAAAACUCGCAAAUAUAUACAUGGCCAAUGAGAUAGAUCGUCGCUAUGGUCAACAGGGACUACAUGCAACAAGUCUUCACCCGGGCCCUAUCGACACGAAUAUUAAUAGGCAUUUGGGUAGGGAAUGGGUGGCUCAAGUUAUGGGUAAUGAGAAAGUUCGCAAGGUUCUAAAAAGUGCAGAGCAAGGAGCUGCAACAACUGUUAUUGCGGCAGUUGGGAAAGAGUGGGAGGGAAAGGGAGGAAAGUACUUGGAGAAUUGUAGCGAAGCGGAACGGGGAAAGGAUGACUAUCAGCCUUUUGGAAAUGGAUGGGUAAAGCAGACAUAUAACCCGGAAGAUGAAGGGCGAUUGUGGAGAGAUUCACUAAAGAUUGUCGGGGUCGAGGACGAUAUAUGAGGAGUGAAUAGUGCGAGUUUAUUGUAAUUUAGUCAUGUAAUUUAGUCGAAUGGAUAUCGGUGUUGAAUAUACCAC